AUGAUUGAAUGUCGAGUUGCUGGAACUGUGAAGAAAGUGAGUGUGGAGGAGAUACAAAAAGGAACAUUGGAAGAAAUUUGUAAAUCGAAAAUUUAUUCGUCGAAAUUGGAAGAUAAACUGAAGAAGAAGAAUUAUAUGACGACGAUAACGAAACAGAGCAGAUAUUCGGAUCAGGAGAUGUCUUGUGAUGCAAUGAAUCAGUUCAACCUUAUCCAAACCGGGGAAAGAAAAUGGGCGGUGCUCAUUCGAGGACAUGCUACCGAUAUUCUGCUCCCUAUAAAAUCUAAUAAUGGAAUUUUUACGAAUCAUGCUCUUGACUUUGUCUUGAACUCUUUAUUUUUUGCGACUGCCUACGGAUUCGGUGAAUCGACUUUCAAAUCUUUGGGAGGCGAUACUGGUGUCAAGGGGCAACUUUUAUUCGUCACAUUCAUUGUCUACUGUCUUGCUGUUCUUGUGGCAAUAGUGGCUCUGGUCAUUUUGGUGGCUCUGUUUUUUAUCAAAAGAAAUGCUAACAUCAAGAAAAGAGAAAGUGAAAAGAGCAAGCUGCUGAGAAAUCCUGCUAAUAAUACCGACGACGAUACUCCUGUUGAAAUUGUUUAUGAGAACCCUUCCAAAAAUAAAUAA